AUAUUUGUCAGCACGGGGACAGACGAGGUACAGUGUUUAUCAAUGACACCAGAACAUGUAGAGAUUUCCAGACUGCCCAGGUCACGUGGCACUGCUACAGUCAGGUGGCUAGGGGAUACUGCUGUGACAGCUGCUCGGACGUCUACAACGCCUCAGAUACAGGCUGUUUAUAUGGAGACAAAGCGCCAUUUUGUAUUAAUAUCACCAGAAGACAAUGUUACGGUAAAACAAACCAAAAUGAACCCGUGCCAGACGUCUGCUGCAGAAAAUGUCGGGAGUUCCGAGGAAAUAUAAACGGCUGUUUAUAUGGAGACAAAGCGCCAUUUUGUGUUAAUAUCACCAGAAGACAAUGUUACGGUAAAACAAAUCAAAAUGAACCCGUGCCAGACGUCUGCUGCAUAAAAUGUCGGAAGUUCCGAGGAAAUAUAAACGGCUGUUUAUAUGGAGACAAAGCGCCAUUUUGUGUUAAUAUCACCAGAAGACAAUGUUACGAUAAAACAACUCAAAAUGAACCCGUGCCAGACGUCUGCUGCAGAAAAUGUCGGGAGUUCCGAGGAAAUAUAAACGGUUGUCCAUACGGAGACAGGGCCCAGAAUUGCAGAAAAAAGCUGUGUAGUAACCCAGAGAACAUCAUAAAUUGUUGUGAAACAUGUGCUUCACCAGACAGUGGCAGCACCACGGAGACCACCCCGGAACAGCAGCUGCCUGUUGUGAUUGCACUGCCCUUAGAGAUCAAAAUUAACGCCCCCUUCGACACGCUACUAACGGAUUCUAAUACGCUGCAGUUUAAAAAUAUGAGCAACUAUACGUGUUAUCCAAUCGUAGAGAAGCUUGAUUCAGCUUAUUCCCAAUACUUUUAUAUUAGAUGUAAAGUGCUUUCAUUUCGAAACGGUAGCGUGAUAGCAGACACGCGGGUAGAUUUUUUAAGGAAAUCAUCGAACACAAAACCACCGCUGACAGACAUUAAAGAUAACAUCAACAACACCUUUCAGACACACCACAUGCAACUGGUUAAAUUGGAUCUUAUGUUUGAUGAAUGUCACUCACCUGACAUACGUGUUACCUGCUCCAGGUAUGCAGAUUGUUUAGACGAGACAGUCGGUUACUCUUGCCACUGUAUCCUUGGUUACAGAAACACUUCCAAUGGCGGGGAUUCAUGUGCUGAAAGUUGUGAAAAAGUUCCGUGUAAAAACGACGGCAAGUGCAUGGAAAACCAAGACGGCCCUGUGUCGUGUCAGUGUGCGGAGGGGUUUGAAGGGCCCCGUUGUGAGAGGGUGCUUGUCCCCACGUGGCACGAGCCAGUGAUCAUUGGUGGUGUUUGCGAUGAAGUUGCCGCCAGCAGCACCUGCAUAGGGAUGGACUAUAGGGGCAAUGAACUCAUCUCGAUACCUGAUACCAGAGAGAGUCCCAUUCUGGAUCACAUGAAGGUCAGUACGCCCAUGGAUUGA